UUCACUUUCUCGCCGCACUUGGAGCAACAACUCGUUUUUUCCUAUACCAAAGAAACCCCGAGAUCUUCUGACAGAAUGCAGGCGCCCAACGGACCUUACGGAUACUCCGUGCGUAAUUACGCACCGGCGUCGCUGUAUCCGCAGUACCCGGGGAGUCAGCGCGCGUCGCCGACGAAGCCUCCCAGCGGAAAGUCGUUCACCAUCGACGCGUUGCUCGCCAAGCCGGAGGGGGACAGGAGCGGCGGCGGCGGCCAGGCGAGUCCCACUCACUGCGGGGUUCUGCCUCUCCCCGGACACGUGGGCUUACCCAUGGCACCGCCGCCGUACGUCUUCUCGCCGAACAUGCUGCACACGCAGCCGCCUGGAUAUUCGAUCUACUGCUGCCCGCCGUUCACCUACCAGCAGACGUGUCGUGGAGCCUUUUACGCACAAGGCCCAAUGUCCAAGGUCAACGCGGGGCUGCACUCGUUCAAAAGCAAAGGUGGGAAGUCGAAACGGAUGCGCACCAGCUUCACCAGCGAGCAGCUGUCCCGGCUGGAGAAGGAGUUCGCACGGCAGCAGUACAUGGUGGGGUCGGAGAGGUUCCUCCUGGCCUCCGCGCUGCAGCUCACCGAGGCUCAGGUCAAAGUCUGGUUCCAGAACCGACGCAUCAAGUGGCGCAAGCAGAGUCUGGAGCAGCAGCAGGCCAAGUUGGCCAAGCUCGGCCUGGCCGCUCCGCCGAAGAGCCCCGGGUCCCAGGGGCACGGGGACGAGGGCGACGAGGAGUUCUCCGACUCGGACGUGGACAUCGACGUGUCCGACGACUUCACCGACCACUGCUGACCUUCCACCGCUGGACUUUGGAAAGAAAGAGGAAAAGACUUUGUACAUACUGUUGAGAAAGGAGACCCCCCCCUGUCUCCAACCACGAGUAUUUAAUAGAUGUAUAGUUAUAUAUUUAAUUUUCUACAUUUAUUGCUCUUUUUGACGAGUCCCAUGUUUGUAUAUUUGAAUGACUUA